UGAUACCAAACGGACUUCCUAUCAAAACAAUAGUCAACUGUCAACUGCACUCAACACAAUAUUAAAACUUAAAAGCCUGUUCGAGUACACUUCACCGUCGACCGUUGACUUUAGCUUGGACAAGAUGGAAAAACCUCCUAAGAUCCCAAAGGUGGCCAAGGUGAAAAACAAAGCGCCAGCAGAGAUACAAAUCACUGCUGAGCAGCUUUUGAGAGAAGCAAAAGAACGAGAUUUGGAGAUUGUGCCACCACCACCCAAGCAAAAGAUUUCGGAUCCCAUAGAGUUAAGGGAUUAUCAACAAAGGAAACGUCGCGCCUUUGAGGACAAUAUUCGUCGGAAUCGUUCAAAUAUUAGUAAUUGGAUAAAGUACGCCGCUUGGGAAGAAAGCCAAAAAGAAAUCCAGAGAGCGCGAUCAAUUUAUGAGCGAGCUUUAGACACUGACCAUCGAAAUAUAACAUUAUGGCUAAAGUAUGCAGAAUUGGAAAUGCGGCAUCGACAGGUUAUGCACGCCAGAAAUCUUUGGGAUCGUGCCGUCAUCAUUAUGCCUCGAGCCAAUCAAUUUUGGUACAAAUACACUUACAUGGAGGAAAUGUUGGGCAAUGUCGCAGGGGCUCGUGCCGUAUUUGAAAGAUGGAUGGAAUGGGAACCUCCUGAACAAGCCUGGCUGACUUACAUUAAAUUUGAGUUACGUUACCAUGAAGUGGAUCGUGCGAGGAGAAUUUACAAUAGUUUUGUUAUGGUACAUCCCGAUAUUACAAACUGGAUACGUUAUGCGAGAUUUGAAGAACAAAAUGCUUUUAUAGCAGGAGCUAGAAGUGUUUUUGAACGUGCUAUAGAAUUCUUCGGCGAUGAACACAUUAAUGAAAAUUUGUUUAUUGCAUUUGCUAAGUUUGAAGAACGACAAAAAGAACAUGAACGUGUACGAGUUAUUUACAAGUAUGCUUUAGAUCAUGUCCCAAAAGAAAAGUGCCAUGACAUUUACAAGGCGUACACUAUACAUGAAAAGAAAUUUGGUGACAGGACAGCCAUAGAAAGUGUUAUAAGCAGCAAAAGAAAACUUCAAUACGAAGAAGAAGUGAAGAGUAAUCCAACCAACUACGAUGCUUGGUUUGACUAUUUAAAAUUAUUAGAAAAUGAAGGAAGUAUGGAAGUUAUUAGAGAUACGUAUGAGAGGGCUGUGGCUAAUAUACCUCCAUCGAACGAAAAACACGCAUGGCGCCGAUAUAUUUAUUUAUGGAUCAAUUAUGCUCUCUUCGAAGAGUUGGAAGCCGAGGACGAAGAUCGAACACGUGAUGUCUAUCAAACAUUUAUCAGUACCAUACCUCAUAAACUUUUUACAUUUUCAAAAGCCUGGCUGUACUAUGCGCAAUUUGAAAUAAGACAUAAAAAUCUAGCUCUGGCAAGAAAACGAUUGGGUGUUGCUUUAGGGCUUUGCCCCAGAGAUAAACUGUUCAGAGGCUACAUAGAUUUAGAAAUACAACUGAGAGAAUUCGAACGCUGUCGUAUAUUGUACGAAAAAUAUUUAGAAUUCGGACCAGAAAACUGUAUUACUUGGAUCAGAUUUGCCGAGUUGGAAACGGUCUUAGGAGACGUAGACCGAGCAAGAGCAAUAUAUGAACUUGCUGUAAACCAGCCCCGUUUGGACAUGCCGGAAGUGCUCUGGAAAUCCUAUAUCGAUUUUGAAACGUCACAAAACGAAACGGAAAGAGCAAGAAAACUAUAUGAAAGACUCCUGGAACGAACAAAUCAUUUCAAAGUGUGGAUGAGCUACGCUCAAUUCGAAAUAACCGCUGAAGCGGAGGAAGGUAUUGAUAAAACUGUAGUGGCUAGGCGAGUGUUUGAAAGAGGCAACGAAGCACUCAGAAGAGGCGGGACACCAGAAGAAAGGGAAGGCAUACUGCAAGCUUGGUAUCGGUUUGAAGAAGAGCACGGCGAUAAAGAUAGUAAAAUCAAAGUCAAAAGUAUCCUGCCUAGACGAAUCAAGAAACGGGUGCCUUAUACAUCUGAGAGUGGACGUGACCGAGGAUGGGAGGAAAAAUUGGACUAUAUUUUCCCCGAGGACGAUACCGUUAAACCAAACUUGAAACUUUUGGAAACAGCUAAAGCAUGGAAAAAGAGAAAACUAGAAGGAGAAUCUUAGUGGAUACAUAUUUUUGUAAACCGAACUUUGAAAUCCUUAGAAGUAAUAUUAACUAAUUAAAUUUAAUAUAAGAUGAUUCUAAUUUUUUUUUUACUGAUAUGAACUUUUUACAAUUUACAAUAAAUACUUGUGGUGUUUUUUUUUUUUAAUGAAUUUAUCUAGACAUUAUUUCCACGAACCUGAUCUAAGCAGUUUUAAUUUUACUUUCGCAUUAGUGACGUUAUUAUUUUGUAACUAAUUAUUAUUAAGUGUAAUGGUAUGAGAGAAUUACUUUUAAAAGUAAAGAAACAACCAAUGCG